CCAUGACGGGGUGCUGCCGCGUGGCCUAUGCCCUGGCACUCCUGCUCUGCUGCUGGGGCUCCAGCUGCUCCACCCUGGGCGGGCCCAAGCUGUCCUCGUACGCCAAGACGGAGGAUAAGCUGUUCAAAGAGCUCUUCCGCAACUACCAGAAGUGGGUGAGGCCAGUGGAGGACCUCAACGGGACAGUGAGGGUUAAAUUCGGCCUGGCCAUCUCCCAGCUCGUAGAUGUGGAUGAAAAGAACCAGCUGAUGACAACAAAUGUCUGGAUGAAACAGGAGUGGAUUGACAUGAAACUACGGUGGAAUCCUGAAGACUAUUUAGGGAUUACUUCCAUCCGAGUCCCCUCUGAUUCCAUAUGGAUCCCAGACAUUGUACUUUAUGACAAUGCAGAUGGGCACUUUGAGGCCACUGUCACCAAGGCUGUGGUGAGGUAUGAUGGCACCAUCUCCUGGACCCCUCCUGCCAACUACAAGUCCACCUGCACCAUAGACGUCACCUUCUUCCCCUUUGACCUCCAGAACUGCACCAUGAAGUUUGGCUCCUGGACAUAUGAUGGCUCCCAGGUGGACAUCUUCCUGGCAGAUGUCCAUGUGGACAAGCGGGACUACUUCGACAACGGCGAGUGGGAGAUCGUCAAGGCAACGGGCAGCCGGGGACUGCGCACCGACAGCACCUGCUUCUACCCGUCCAUCACCUACUCCUUCCUCAUCCGCCGGCUGCCGCUUUUCUACACGCUCUUCCUCAUCAUCCCCUGUAUCGGCCUGUCCUUCCUCACCGUGCUGGUCUUCUACCUGCCCUCCAACAGCGGCGAGAAGAUCUCCUUGUGCACCUCGGUGCUGGUCUCACUCACCGUCUUCCUGCUGGUGAUUGAGGAGAUCAUCCCGUCCUCCUCCAAGGUCAUCCCACUGAUUGGCGAGUACCUGGUCUUCACCAUGAUCUUCGUCACACUCUCCAUUGUCAUCACCGUCUUCGCCAUCAACAUCCACCACCGCUCCUCGUCCACGCACCACGGCAUGGCGCCCUGGGUGCGCCGCAUCUUCCUGCACCGCCUGCCCAAGCUGCUGUGCAUGAGGAGCCAUGUGGACCGAUACGCCACCAGCGGGGCCGGCAGGGCUGGAAAGCACCAUCACCAGCAGCAUCAGCGAGGCGCAAGGCUGGGCGGGACUGGAGGAGGAGGGGCUAGCUUGUCAGGUAUGAUGCAGGAGGAGGAGACCACACCUCUACUGGCCCCCAGGAACAACCUGCAGGCAGCCCUGGAGUCCAUCCGCUACAUCACACAACAUGUGGUGAAGGAAAACGAAGUGCGAGAGGUUGUCCAGGACUGGAAGUUUGUGGCCCAGGUCCUGGAUCGGGUGUUCCUCUGGGCCUUUUUGCUGGUGUCGGUUCUGGGUUCUGCUCUUCUCUUUAUCCCCGUCAUCUACAAGUGGGCCAGCAUCAUUGUUCCCAGCUACAAUGACAUCAGCAGUUAGUUGAGCCACCCCCAAACCACUCUGCCUGCCUGCCAUGCAUGGGACAAUUAUCCACCUUAUUAUCCACAGUUACAAGGGUGGUGCCACUGCUAUUUGGGUGGCAGUUGCUAGUGCUAAACCAUUCAGAAGGGCUAGCCUAACCGGAUGUAGCAAACAGGAAAAUGCUGUGGGAGCAUGAUAAAUGUUGAAAUGGGUGGUUUUAACGGGUAUGUAGGAGACCGGAGCACGUGGCUACCACUCUGACCACCUGACACUGGGCCAUCCCAAGCACAAGCAACUGCUGCCUCCACGACCUCUUCAUGACCAUUGGCCGUUCUGAGAGAGGGGAAGUG